AUGACUAUCUUCACACUCCCUCCGGAGCUCUUGGCUCGCAUAAUAUCUGAGGUGACCAUGAACUCAACAACUGACCUUGUCGCCCUCGCUCAAACAUGCCGAAUCUUCCACCAGCUAUUUAUGGAUCAAGGUUUUGAUCUUCUGAUGGAGAUCCUGAAAAGACCCCGCCUUGGUCAAUACGUACAAGAGAUCCAGCAGCUCGGGCAACCGGGAAUCGAGGUCCUCCAGAUGAGUGUGUCCGACCAGCGCCGACUCGGCCCAGAAGAGAUGAGCUUGCUCUCUUGUGCGGUGCAGAGAGCGGGCUUUACAGGGCGGGAGGCGCGAGAUAUCACUGGGCUACUUCUCCAUCGCUCCAAGGACAUCGACGAUACUGAGCUGUUUCAGGUGCAGGAUCCAGAAUAG